GCAGCAGCAGCAGCAGCAGCAGCACCGGAGCCGUUAGAGCCGUUAGAGCCGUUAACAGCCGUUAGAGUCUCCGUGUCUCCGUGUCAGGGACUUCCAGGAGAGCUAACCUUCUCCACGGACCGAGCUGUCGACUUCUAAACCCCGGACUUUAUCUAAAAAAAACGGAUUUGUCCUCCUCCUCCUCCGGUCUCCGGCUUAUGUGACUCAUUAGCGUCCGGCGGCGGAGCAGCGAGCCACCAUGACGGAGCUGAGGCAGCGAGGCGGCGGCGACAUCAGCGACAAGGAGGCUGACGGAGACGACAGGCUGGGCCUGCAAGGCGACGCCGAGGGAGAAUGUGACGGCGACUCCAAAGCAGACACUCCAGAUGUUCCUCUGUCCACAGCAGACACAGACAACACUCCACAAUGCCUGAACAAAGCUCUGGAGGGCCUGCCGCCCAGAUGGAAGAACUACUGGAUACGAGGCGUUCUGUCUCUAGCCAUGAUCUCAGGCUUCUUCCUCAUCAUCUACAUGGGACCUGUCGCUCUCAUAUUAGUGGUCAUGACUGUCCAAAUUAAGUGUUUCCAAGAAAUCAUCACCAUCGGCUACAGAGUUUACCAUUCCUACGAGCUGCCGUGGUUCAGGACGCUGAGCUGGUACUUCCUGAUUUGCGUCAACUACUUCUUCUACGGUGAAACGGUGGCGGAUUACUUUGGCGCUCUGGUUCAGAGGGAGGAGCCUCUGCAGUUCCUGGCUCGCUAUCACCGCUUCAUCUCCUUCGCUCUGUACCUGGCAGGUUUCUGCAUGUUUGUGCUGAGUUUAGUGAAGAAACAUUACCGCCUGCAGUUUUAUAUGUUUGCUUGGACCCAUGUGACCCUGUUGAUUGUGGUAACUCAGUCCCACCUUGUCAUUCAGAACCUGUUUGAAGGAAUGAUCUGGUUUAUUGUCCCGAUCUCUAUUGUGAUCUGCAACGACAUCAUGGCUUAUCUGUUUGGAUUCUUCUUUGGAAGGACUCCACUGAUCAAGCUUUCACCCAAGAAGACCUGGGAGGGAUUCAUCGGAGGAUACUUCGCCACGGUGGUCUUUGGCUUCAUCCUGGCCUACCUGCUGUCUCAGUUCCAGAACUUUGUUUGUCCCGUGGGCUUCAACAGUGAGACCAACGGCUUCACGGUGGAGUGUGAACCCUCCGAUAUCUUCGUCAUGCAGGAGUACACGCUGCCUGCUGUGCUGCAGAACGUAAUCAGAUGGAAAACGGUGACCCUGUACCCGUUCCAGAUCCACAGCAUCUUCCUCUCGUCCUUCGGUUCUCUCAUCGGGCCGUUCGGUGGAUUCUUCGCCAGCGGCUUCAAGCGAGCCUUCAAAAUAAAAGACUUUGCUAACACCAUCCCGGGACACGGAGGCAUCAUGGACCGCUUCGACUGUCAGUACCUGAUGGCCACGUUCACUCACGUCUACAUCGCCAGCUUCAUCAGGGGGCCUAACCCGAGCAAAGUGCUGCAGCAGCUCCUGAUGCUUCAACCUGAACAGCAGCUCAGCAUCUUCCACACGCUGCACGCCACGCUGAGGGAGCGCGGCAUGCUGCCCCCCGCUGAGUGAAGCACCAGGGGGGACUGGAGAGAGUGUGUGGUGGGCUGGGAAGUCUGUGUAAGCAUGCACACACACACACACACACACACACACAGACACACACUCUUGUAGGUCCGGCUGUUUGUUGUGUGAUCCAAAGCGUCUCAUCGUCAUCCUGCGACUCUUCCUCCCACCAACCAGCUCAAACAUCUCCACUGGUGACUCUCCAGACCACGUGGAAUAAUAAUAAAAAAACCACAAUAACAACAACAACAAAAUAAUAAUAAUAGGCGGCUUCGUUGCUUCCCACUUGGACCGGCACACAUCAUCUGAAAACACUUCCAGACUGCAGAUAAAAGUCUUAUUGAACUGAAUAAACAGACUCCAAAGCACACAGACGCUGCCUGCUGGAUGUGUGGACGGCUAAAUGUUGCACUGAAACGGACUUCUGAAGCUUUUACCAGCAUAAACUGGGCCCAACGUGUGGGGCAGGUGGACCGGAGCUGCAGCAGACGGACUGUUGGGACUUUCUCGUCUUUCUGGGGUUUUUGGUUUGGGGGCGGAUGGACUUCCUGUCAGAAUACUGUAGACAUGUUUUAUAUACUAUGCUCUAAUAUUUAAUGGUCCUAACCUCACAGCAUAACUAAACAUGUAGCAUGUACACCAGUCCUGCUAAACUAAGCCAUGUUUAUCCUCUUCCUCUUCUUCUUCCUCUUCUUCCUCAGCGUGAACUUUUAGCUUUUAGGUUUCUGUCUGAAUCUAAGUAAUGCUGCGUUCAAUUGCACUCGGAACUCCGAAAGAUCUGAGUUGGAGAUUCCGGAACUCCGAAAGAUCUGAGUUGGAGAUUCCGGAACUCCGAAAGAUCCGAGUCGGAGAUUCCGGAACUCCGAAAGAUCCGAGUUGGAGAUUCCGGAACUCCGAAAGAUCCGAGUUGGAGAUUCCGGAAACUCCGAAAGAUCCGAGUUGGAGAUUCCGGAACUCCGAAAGAUGCGAGUUGGAGAUUCCGGAACUCCGAAAGAUCCAAGUUGGAGAUUCCGCAAAUUAAUGUUUGUUUGGAUGUCUUUCGAGCAUUUGAAAAUGAUUGUGGGGAAGCUGCCCCCGCGACCCGGCCCUGGAUAAUCGGCGGAAAAUAGAUGGAAGUAAAUCAGCUAGCUGGUACAACAUCCAGUUAAAUGGUUGUGGAAUAAAUUUAGAGUGGAAUUGUGUAUUUCUGCAAAUACUUAAGAGACAAAAAUAUAGUUAAAUCUUAUCAAUUUCCUUGAUAUAAUAAAAAGAAGUGCAGUAUUACACCUUAUAGACUAAUGUAG